AUGGCGUCUCCUGAUGACGAUCCAUUUCAGCCACCCAGAUUUAAUAGAAAAAGGCCAACAACAUCCUUUUGCCGUGGUUCGAGUUCAAGCGAUACAACAGGAAACUAUGGUGCGAGGCCAAAAAGAUCGCAUCUUCAUGCUGACCUAAAUACUAUUUCAAAGUGGACCACGAAAACACUCGAUGAAUUCGGAAUAGCAUAUUACAACGAUCCAAUUACUAUUGAGGAAUUCACUAUCAAAAUUCAGUCAAGAGCGCACGAGGUGUGUGAUAAGAAGGUGCCAGAUUUUGUUUCUACUCUUAAAACGUUAUGCAAGAGAGGCCUUGUUUUUUCUCUUGAUUUACCAGAAAAAGAGACACUGAAAAGUUUGGAUAAAUUAUCUGAUUCUACUACAAGGCUUCGAGAAAUUCUUAACAAUUUUGACACGUUUAUUAAUGAUGUAUUAAAAAAAGAGGAUGAAUAUCUUGGCAAAGAAUGGCGAAACAAAGCGUUAUUCUUUGCUUGGUCUCACAAUGUGCGAAGUUUCCUCAACUACUACAAAAAGUUUCUAGAUAUAAUGAAUUCAAGCAUGACUGAAAGUUGGUUAGCAAAACCAGUUAGAGAAGCACACUUGCAAGAACUGUUUAUGGUCUUUUCCAAAAUUUUUUUUUUGGAGCCAGAAAUGGGUGACAAGGAAGUGAAACGGUUAAUCAUUGGUGCACAUGUGGUAUCCUGUAUUCCAGACAUAAGGUUCACAUGUUUAAACCCACUUCAGCGCAGUGUUCUUCUGAUGCUUACAGAGGUUAAAAAGGUUGAGCCAUUCCCAGAAAACAGGUCAUUUGAGCCGAGAAAAACAAGAGCUUCAAGUGAAAGUUCAUCAGAAUCAGAUCAGACGUCGGGAAAUUACAUACACAGAAUACUUAGCAUAAAUGUGUUAGGACAGCAUGGUGGAGAGUUGCUUUCAGAACUUCGAUCAUCUGCCUUUGCUCCAACAAUGGUUGUUGGCUGCAUUUGUAUGGGAACAGAGAUCAUUUUUACAUAUAUGGAAAUGAUGCAAACACAUUUGAAUAAAAUUGUAUAUGAUGGAAAAUGUGAUGGUGAAACCAGUCUGAUUCGGUAUACAAAACCUCUGAAUUACUUAAUAGAAGAAGAUCGUAACAAGUGCUUGGAUCUCUUGUUCUUGCUUGGUUUCAUACAGACGUCUGGAUAUGAGGAUUUAUAUCCAAAUUCUGAAGGAGGAAAGUAAUGCUCAAACUAGAAUAAAUCCUUUGUUGUAGUCCUUGAAAUAAUAUAAUAAUUUUGAAUAAUGUCAGUGAAUAAUUGAACAUGAAA